AUGGGCAACAGCAAGAGCGGCGCUGUGUCCAAGGAGAUCCUGGAGGAUCUGAAGCUCAACACCAAGUUCUCGGAGACCGAGAUUGUCCAGUGGUACGAAAACUUCAAGAGGCAGUGUCCAACGGGCCGCAUCACGAAAGAGGAAUUCCAGAACAUCUACAGCAAGUUCUUCCCAGACAGCGACGCCAAUACAUACGCCCAACACGUCUUCCGCUCCUUCGACACCAACGACGACGGCACGCUGGACUUCAAGGAGUACAUCAUCGCACUCCACAUGACGUCGACAGGGAAGACCACGAGGAAACUGGAGUGGGCCUUCUCGCUGUUUGACGUGGACAAGAACGGAUACAUCACCAAGUCAGAGGUCAAGGAAAUCUGCACGGCCAUUUUCAAGCUGAUUCCUAAAGAUGAGCUGGCUAAUCUGCCCAACGACGAAAACUCAGCCGAGAAGAGGGCGGAUAAACUCUGGAAGUUCUUUGACAAGGGCGACAAUGACCGAGUGGCAGAGGGAGAGUUCAUCAAGGGAGUUUUGGAAAAUGACGUCGCUCUUCGCCUGAUUCAGUAUCAGCCUUUAAAGUAACUGCUGUUUUUCAGAUGUGUUCCCUCUUCAUCUCUCUCCCUCCCGUCUUUUCCUCCUGACAGCACCUUCGCAAGCUGUGACGUCACCACAUCGCUCCACAUCAACCAAAUGACACAGAAUCUCUCCUCCAGGGUUUUAUCACAGUUUCCACACAGAUCAGAAAAUAAAGGUUAGAGUUAAACGAAUCCUCGUUGACGAGUGUCAGUCCAUCACGAAGCAGACAGCGGCGUUCCCUCAUGACAGUGUGGCCUGAUUAAUACACUUUUAUAACUAAA